AGUCGUGCGCAAAACGUUCUGCAUUGCGCUACGUUGUCUCUGGUUUCCCGUCAUAAUCAUUCUAGUUUGUAUUUGUAAUCUGUGAACUGGUCAGUCGGCCAUGUUUAGUGUUUGAAAUGGUGGUGUCUGCACGUUAAAUAGUGGUAAAAAAAUACUAGAUUUGUGGAAAAUCGCGUUGUUUAUUAGUUAUAUAAAGUGCCAGUGAGAUUUCAAUGUAUUUUGUGUACAGUGAGUGAUAAACUGUUGUGACAAUGAAUUGGGGUACAGAGCUUUGGGAUCAAUAUGAUAACUUAGCCGCCCAUACACACAAAGGAAUUGAAUUCUUAGACAAAUAUGGAAACUACGUGAAGGACAGAUGCGCGAUAGAAUUAGAAUAUGCAGGGAAACUCAGGAGGCUCGUCAAAAAUUAUCAACCCAAAAGAAAAGAGGAGGACGAAUAUCAGUACACAGCUUGCAAAGCGUUCAGACAACUUCUCCAGGAGUUAGGCGACUUCGCGGGUCAGCGCGAAGUUGUGGCGGAAAACUUACAGUCAAAUGUAGUGCGGGAGUUGCAUCUACUCGCCAAAGAGUUACGCGAGGAGAGGAAGCAACAUUUAAACGAAGGUUCGAAACAAAUGGCGGUUCUCAGUACGGCGGUGGGAUCGCUGGAGCGCGCGCGUCGCUCGUACGAGCGAGCUGCCCGCGAGUCGGAGCGAGCCCUCGACGUAUUCCAGAAAGCGGAUGCUGACUUUAACCUAAGUCGAGCGGAGGUAGAAAAACAGAAAAUCAACAUGAAACUCAGGAGUCAAGCGUGCGAAGAGGCAAAACAGGAAUACAUGGACCAGCUACGGAAGACGAACGAGGCGCAACGACAGCACUAUGAACAACGGCUACCACACGUCUUUAAACAGUUACAGGACUUGGAUGAAAAGAGGAUAAAGAAUAUAAAGAAUUUCAUGUUAAGUUCAGUGGAUGUGGAGAGGAAAGUGUUUCCAAUUAUAAUUCAGUGCCUCGACGGUAUGGAGCACGCGGCCAAGAGUAUUAACGAAAAAGAGGAUACACAACUAGUGAUAGAGAGGUAUAAGUCGGGCUUCGUGCCCCCCGAGGACUUCCGCUUCGAGGCGGCGAGCGGCGCCGACGCGACCGACGCCGCGGCGCCGCACGCCACGCAUAACCACCUCACGGCGGCGCGCGGCACCGUCUCCGGCAACCGCAUCAAGAAGAGAGGCGGCCUUCUGUCCAUAUUCAGCUCUAAUAAGAAGAUAAUUGAGGCGUGCAACUCCUUUAAGAAUAACCUGUCGGUGGACGGGAAGGAGGACUAUUCAGACUUACCACCGAACCAGAAGAAAAAGAAACUGCAAGCAAAAGUACACGAACUGACUAAACAGGUUGGUCAAGAGCAAGCCGCAAUGGAAGGCCUAAUGAAAAUGAAAGGCGUGUAUGAGACAAACCCCACACUAGGAGAUCCCAUGACUGUAGAAGGUCAACUAAACGAAUGCUGCGACAAGCUGAAGAAGUUGCGUGCUCAGCUGCGCAAGUACGAGGAGCUGCUGACGGAGGCCAACAACCAGGUGUGCGCGCCGCCCAUACACCCCACGGCGCGGACCAACGGCGCCGCGCCCACGCAAGCCACUAGCAUCGGGUCAAACAGUGAAUCUCUGUCACGGUCGGCGUCCGAGUCGUCCGUCAGUACCGGCACCGGUUGCACCGGCACUGGCGCCGGGCCUGGCGUCGGCGGGAACUCGUGCGCCGGUGGUCGCGCCGCCGGCGGCUCGCCCGAGUCCGGCCUCGGCGGCGAGCUGGCCGCCGCGCACGCCGACCACGCCAACGGCGACCACGACGACAACGACCACGACCCCGACAAUGACUUCUACGCUGACUACUACUAUGAGGCGGACCUGCAGCCGCUGGGAUAUUGUAAAGCGCUUUACGCUUUUGAAGCGAAUGGCACGGGCUCGACGAUGCGCAUGGAGUGUGGUGAGCAGCUGCUGGUGCUGGAGACGGACGCGGGCGACGGCUGGACGCGCGUGCGCCGCAGCAACACCAGCGAGGAGGGCUUCGUGCCCACCACCUACAUCGCCACCACGCUCUAUGCGGACGCGCACCACUAGCCGAUGUUCCAUCGCUCGUGUGUGCACCGAUCGCUGUUCAGCUGUAAAAAGGUUUACGCGUUGAGUGUGAAACAGUUUAGUGCUCGAGGACUAUGCCACUAAAGGACUUGUGCAAUCGUUUGUACGCGCAUACUGAAUGUUCUCUGUGGCCUAUACAGUGUUAUAUUGACGGCAGUCAGUGAGGCAGUAACUUACUCACUUACUCUUAUUGUGGCCUUUACUACAUAUAGCGUGAAACUUCAUUACGUAUUUUAGUAUGGAGAGACGGGGAAGCUUGGACAUGACGUAAGUUCACAUAAUACAAACAUAUAUGACUAUUAGUCUAAUGCUGGCUACAGACGUCGACGGGCCGAAUAGUUUGACUGUACAUUUAAAACUGAAGGUCUGUAGCCCGCAUAUGAUCCGAAUUAGAAACCACCUUCACCCAUCUGUUUAUCGGAUGAGAAGUGUUGUUUUGCAUCAGUUUAGUUAAAAAAUAUACUACAUCAAAAAUUUCUUACCCAACUAUUAUUAACCAUUAUUAACUAAUAAUGAUAGAAUGGCCAGGAGAUUUUUAUUCGCAAUAAUUUUUCAACAUGCUUAUAUAAACAUGCUAAUAUUAACAGAUAGGUGAAGGUCCUUUCUAAUUCGGAUAUUAUACUAAUAUAAUAUGUUCGUGUAUUAUGUGUAUCUAAUGAAGAGCUUCCAACUAUCGCUUCAGUCCGUAUUUACAACCGACUGGUUGCGUAUUUACGGCCAUAUUUAAACAUGGAUGUAAAUUUAGACCUUAAUUUUUUUCAAAGUAAAGUGGAUCUAAUCACUGCUACUUAAGGUUCACUUUACUUUGAAGAAAUUUGACGUUUAAAUCUUAUUCCAUGUUUAUAAAUAUGGCCGCUAUAGUUUUCGCUUUCAAUGACAUAUUCCUGUACACUGUCGGUAAGUUGUUACACAGUAUUGCUUUUUUACCCUAAUUGUGAGGUAUUUUUAUUUUUUGAUAUUGUUAAGUAUUUUUUUUGUUUCUCCAAUUACAAUAUUGCUAACUAACUAAUCGACAGGCAAAUAUAUGUUAUUGUUAAUAUCUAUAAGAACAUAUUACAUGGAAAGUACUACUAAGUAAACUUGAAAUAACUAAUUAAUUAAUAGUUCGUCUAAUUAGAGCCUGCUGAGACAAAAAGAGUUUUUAACUAACUAAAAACGAUAAUCCCUAAGGUUCUAUAUUUUUCUCGAAUAUUUAAAUUUUUCCACAAACAAUAAUCUUAAUCAAACUUUGAAAUCUUACUCGUCUGAAAAUAGAUUGUGCAGAUGCCGCCAUAUUUUCUAUCAAUGAAUGUUUUUUUUUACAAUGUGGGAUGGGCAAAGAUCGGUGACCAUACAGUCUACACAUUCGCGUUCUAUAAUCCAUUCGAUUACAUUCAUUGUGCGUUC